AUGGAGAAACCUUUUUGCUUUGAUGUCAUCAACAAGCCUGGUCAGAAGACAAGCUGCACUUGCCUCCAUGAUCUUGGAGAUCAGAUCGAUGAUGAUGAGGUUGAUGCAUGCGCCAAGGCUCUUUUCCUAUUCUGCAAUGUGGAUUUUGCAGAAAGGAAGAGGAUCGUGAAGGAAUGGAUUCGGUCAGGCCUUGCUGCACAACUCCUGUUCCAAGGGCACCAUCGGACAACUUCAACAAGAGUGUUCCUUUUUCCUGGUUCAACCACCCGCUUCAUAUGCAGGAAUCUUAUCGGAUAUGGGCAAAAGCCCUGGAAAUCCAUCGUUCAGCUUGUGAAAUCCGGGAACGAUCCAGUGCAUGGGCUCUCAGGGAAGACAGGGAACAAGCUUAACGCCAAGUCGCAAGGCCUUAUGCAUGAGUUCUUUACUGACAUGAAACAAUACGCCCUCCCUCGAGCAACCAAGAUUGUCAGGACACAGAUGGUGGAUGGUAUCAACACGUUGGUUGAAUUGCGUGAAGAGGAGAAAGACACCGUGGAAUUGCCGUCGUCGAUGACCAAGAGAGGCCUGUUCAACAGAUUCAUAGGUGAACUGGGAUGGAAGAUUCAGUGGGACAAUAAGGGUCGACUUCUGAAGAAGGUGGAGCUUGGGACUGAACAGAAAGUGUCAGCCACCGAAUUGCCAGCUUGGAGUAACUUCCGGUCCUUUUGGAAAAAGGAAUAUCCCAAGCUGGUGAUCCAACGACCAAGCGAAGAUAUCUGUGGUGACUGCUACCUUUUCGCCAGCCAACAAGCACAAGUACUCCACCAAAUCAUGCAAUGGAGGAGGAGAAGAGGAAGAUGA